AUGCUGCCGCGCCGCGCCUUGCACCGGCGCGAAGUUCCGAGCGACGGCUUGUCAGCGCCCACCACCGACGGGGAACGCUCCCCACUGCCUCGUGCGCCUGCGCCUGCGCGGCUGCAUGCAAAGGGCGACGAGUUGCCAGAGGAUCCCAUGGGCUUCACUGACGACGGGGAUUUGGCCGCCUAUCGCCGACGCCGCUCCGUAGAGUUCAAGCACGGGAGGAUUUCCAUGCUGGCGACCAUGGGCUUCAUGACCCCGGAGAUCCUGGGGCACUGGCCAGGCUACAUCUCGCCCUCGCAGGGCCUGAAAUUCGCGGAUGUGCCGAACGGACUGGCUGCCCUGCAGAAGGUCCCAUCUCUAGGCUGGACUCAGAUCCUGAUGUACUUUGGGCUCAUAGAGUACAGCGCAGGUUUCGAGGAUUACCGCACUGGGACCCCCGGAGACUACGGGUGGAAGGUUCUCAGCUCUGAUGACCCAGAGGAGAGGCGCCGCAAGCUGAACGCAGAUUUGGCCAAUGGCCGGCUUGCCAUGGUGGCCAUAAUGGCCAUCUUGUUUCAAAAUGGGGUUGCCGGCACCACCGGCCCCGAGAUGUGGCUUCCAGAGAUCUGA